AUGUGCAGUCAGCAGCAUCAGAGGAGCGAGGGAAGAAUUAGUCACAGAUUUCCUUUUGUUUCUUCCAGGGAAUAUCUUCACAAUGAGGACUCCAGCAACCCACCUGCUGACACCCCCUCCCCACCAGAGUGCACAUCUACCAGCACAGAGGCACUGCCAGCUGUUUACCCUGCGCCUGCAGACUCCUGGAAAACCUUAAUAGGACACGUAGAGUUCCUGUACCAGGAAUACAGAGAUAAAUCUACCCAACAUGAGAUUGAAGCUCGAAGACUUCAGGAUAAUUAUGUACAGACUCCUCAAACACCAGAUAGUCCCAAAACCCCAGAAAAGGGGUCUCCCCCACCCAUAGAGCAUCAAAGAUCUAACUCCACUUUCAGACGCCUGCAAAACAAUUGCUCUGGCUUCAACUUAUGGCAAGAUCUUCCGGAAAUCAAGAACAGCGGGGUUCUAACUGUCUUACAACCCCAAGAAAUCAAGCUUCAGGAGGCAAUGUUUGAACUGGUGACUUCAGAAGCAUCUUACUACAAGAGCCUGCGUCUUCUGGUUUCUCACUUCAUGGAGAGUGACAGACUGAAAGCCACCAUACACCCUUCAGAAAUGCACUUCAUAUUCUCCAAUGUACUCGAGGUCCUGUCCACUAGUGAAAGGUUCCUUCUGGAUCUGGAGCAGAGAUUUGAAGAGAACUUGGUGAUGUCUGAUGUUUGUGACAUUGUCUUCAAGCAUGCAGAAAACCACUUUAGUGUCUAUGUCACCUAUGUCUGCAACCAGACCUACCAGGAGAGAGCGCACAGGAAGCUGCUUCAAGAAAGGACAGAAUUUCGGGAAGCCGUGGCACAUUUGGAAACAAACCCGAUUUGUCGAGGUCUCCCAUUCUCCUCGUUCCUCAUCUUGCCAUUUCAGAGGAUCACACGGCUUAAACUCCUGGUGCAGAAUAUUCUAACUAAAGUGGAGGAGGGGUCCGAGCGGGAGGCUUCAGCACUACAAGCCCACCGGGAGCUGGAGAAGCUGGUGAGAGCCUGUAAUGAUGGAGUCAGGAAGAUGAGUCGUACAGAGCAGCUCAUCAGUAUCGAGAAGACACUUGAAUUUAAGAUCAAGUCUGUGCCAAUCAUCUCUCACUCGCGCUGGUUGUUAAAGCAGGGAGAACUGCAGCAGAUGUCUGGGCCUCGCACUUCUCGAACCCUCCGCACUAAAAAACUAUUCCGCUCCGUAUAUCUGUUCCUGUUCAAUGAUCUGCUGCUCCUGUGUAAACGUCUGCCUGGGGAGCGGUAUCAAGUGUUUGAUGUUGCUGCACGUGGCCUCCUGCGUGUAGAGGAGCUGGAAGACCAAGGACAGUCCCUGGCCAAUGUCUUCAUCCUAAGACUGCUGGAAAAUGCACAUGAAAGGGAAUUUUCCUACAUGUUAAAGGCAUCAUCCCAAAGUGAAAUGAAGCGCUGGAUGACGUCUCUAGUUCCAAAUCGAAGAACAAAGUUUGUUUCCAUCACUGCCCGGGUAUUUGACUGUCCGCAGGUGCAGUGUGUCCACCCUUAUAUUGCCCAGGAGCCGGAUGAGCUGUCUCUUGAUCUGGCAGACCUUCUUAAUCUUCUGGACAAGACAGAUGACGGUUGGGAGUUUGGUGAACGUUUGCACGACCAAGAGAGGGGCUGGUUCCCCAGCUCAGUGACAGAAGAAAUACUGAACAAGAACAUCAGGACACAGAACCUGAAGGAGUGCUUGAGGGUGCACAAAUCGGAUGACGGCAGCCAGAACAAAGACCGGCGGAAGAUUGGAAGCAGAACACGGCAGUGACCCCUGGAGAUGGCAUGGGGCAGCAUGCUGGGGGACGGGGAAAUAAGCAGUGUGUCUGUGACGCGAUGCAAAUAUUCUAUAUAAAUAUAUGUAUAUUAUCUACAAAUGUGUGUUACUGUUGUACAGGCACCCAUACAUUAACACACUAGGACAAAGCGGAUUUAGGUGUGGAAGCAAAGAUGGACGCGCACACUACAUAGUUCUGAACAGAUUAUAUAUUGGGUUUAUACCUUGUAUAUUAGUCAUUAGUAAUACAUUACGGCAGGCUAUCCUAAACUGUGGUACCAGCACUACAACUCCCAUCAACCUGCGCUGGGAGCUGUUAUUCAACAAGGCGGACUGCAGACAAAUAAUAAAAAUGGUCUGAAUAAUCUUCUCUUCUGCCAUAUACAUCCUUCUACAAGAUUUAUUGGGGGAGGGUCACUGUAUAGAUAUUGUCUUCUAAGACGUCUUUUAUGUCUGAGAAAAUGUCUCAACCGUGCGACACCUACAUACAAAUGUCUCCUUAUGUCUGAGGAACAAGGAGGAGGAUACAAUUACAGGUAUAGGUUUCAAAUGUAUCUACAUGGCACACAACGUGAGGAAACAAUCUUCUUUUGUGUCCAGGGUGCAGGUAUUUCCUCCACUUUUAGCCUGUAUUAUACCAGUCCCACAGCUGACACUUUUAUGCUCCUCGUUAUGUUUUUUUUCCAGUAUUAUUUAACUGUAUUUCCUCUAUUUCCUAAUUACGUUUCUAUCUUUGUGUGGGCAUUUCUCCAUUGUGUUUUAUAUUUGCGGUAUUUUGGUGGUAGGGGGGUGGGGCAGAUCCCAUAUCGUGGCUCGUGGAUAACAUGUUUGGGUUCUAUGAACCUAGGAUCCCAGCACAAAGCCACUGCUAAAGCCAUUUAUUGGAGGAAAUGGGAUCUACAGUAUGUG